UUUAUCUCAUGCCUUUUUGAAAGACAAGUUCCAUUACUUAACUGUUUCAAAGAUACGGAUGUUUUUAGUGACGGACGUGUUUGAUUGUACGUUUGAAUGUCUUCGUCACCCGUCGUGCAUUUCUGUUAACUUGGUGAACACUUCAGGACUAGAUGGAGCUAUUUGGUGUGAGUUGCUGCCUUUUGAUAAAUACCAAAAUUUCCAGAAGUUCAAAGCAAACCAGACUUCGCAUCAUCUACUCCGAAAGUCGCAAUGUAUUUCUACGCCGUGUCAAAAUGGUGGUACAUGUUUGGCAAAUUAUCUGGACGAUACAUUCAUAUGUCAUUGUAAAGACGACUUCAUUGGAGAACAUUGUGAAAAAGGUGCAACAUCAUGCAAAGAGCUGUUUGAGGCAUACAACUUCAACGCAGCUCGACUGGCAACGCUCCGCUUUGGUUCAACACCAGUCUCUGUUUACUGUCAUAUAGGGAAUUUUGGUUGUGGUGAUGGGGUAUGGACAACUGUCAUGAAGAUUGAUGGCAGCAAGAACACAUUCAACUACAACUCGGGAUAUUGGUCAGAUAAAAAUCAGUAUAACACUGACGGAGGAAAGACUGGAUUUGACUCACAAGAAACCAAAUUGCAUACCUACUGGGACACACCUUUCAACACUAUUUGUCUCGGCAUGAAUUAUGGCGGCCAGAGGCGAUUUGUUGUCGUCAACAAGCAGGCUACCUCUCUGCACUUUCUGAUCUCUGACGGACACUACCGCCCUACCUCUUUGGGUCGUGACAUUUGGAAGCCACUAAUCGGCUCAGAGGCCUCUUUGCAGUGGAACUGCAACAAAGAAGGAUUCAACGUAGGUGGUUGUUAUCAUAGUGGUUGCGCUGUAGUAAGGAUCGGCAUCGUUUCAAAUGAGCAAAAUGACUGUGAUUCAUGUGAUUCCAGGCUCGGAUUUGGAGGUAGAGGGUCUCCCGAUGACAGCAUCACUUGCGGAAAUGGUGCUGGAUCCUAUCCAGAUAACGGUGACAAAAACAUCAAAGCCAUGGGUUACAUCUUAGUGCAAUGAGGUCCCCCCAUCGACUUUUUCCCAAUGGAGAAAGAAUGUUUUUACUCUCGAAAGUAAACUUUGUGAUACCGAAUAUUCUGGAAUCAAAUUACUUCUAGAAAACUUUGUAAAGAAGUUAGAGUGAUUUCGAGACUGUAUACAACAUGCAGCAUCCAAUGUCAUA